CUCCCGCGGGAACCCGGGACUAAGAGCCGGGCCUCGCCCCGCGGGGUGGCAGGCCUGGGCGUGUUUCUGAGCGGCGGCACCAUGAAGCGUGUGGGGACUCUGCGCCUGCUCUCGGAGCUAAGCAACUUCAGCGGCGCGGCCCGGCUCCGGGAGUUGCUGGCCGCCGACGCAACCGUCCGAGUCCGUUGCAGCCCGGACGGCCGCCACCUGCUGUUGCUGCGACCCCCGGGGGCGCCGGCCCCGCAGCUAUUGGUUGCGGUGCGUGGACCCGGCACGGAGCUGGAACGUGCCUGGCCCGCUGGCCAGCCCUCACCAAUAGACGCCUUCUUCCUGCAGUGGCCGUCUCGACCAGCGCUGGUUCUGGUGUGGGAGAGUGGCCUAGCCGAGGUGUGGAGCGCCGGGGUGGGCCCUGGCUGGCGGCUGUUGCAGAGCACUGAGCUGUGUCCCAGCGGUGGAGCCCGUGUGGUGGCCGUGGCGGCGCCCAGGGGCCGCCUGGUGUGGUGUGAGGAGCGUGAGGCCGGUGCUAAGGGAGGGGUAGAACCUCCCCCAGUGGCUUUCAGCCACUCUGUGUGUGUCCGCACCCUGGAACCCAGCGGGGAGGCUGGCACCAAUCUGGGCCGCACGCAUGUCCUGCUGAACCACUGCCCGCCUUUUGGGCUGCUGGCCUCCCGCAAGGACCUCUUCCUGGUGCCCACUGCCACCACCUGGCCUGGCGUGGGCCACGUUCUACUCAUCUGGAGGCCAGGCAAGGGCACUGUGGUGGUAGCUGCCCCAUGUCUUGGCCUCUCCCACAGUAAAAGCUUGAAUCCUGGACGAGGGGACACAUGGGACUUCAGGACCCUGCUCCGAGGCCUUCCUGGGCUGCUGUCCCCCAGGCAGUCACUGACUGUACAUACCUGGGCCCCAGCUCCCCAGGGCCUGCUAUGGCUUGACUUCAGCGGCGCCGUGAGCCUGGUGCAGCCACACGGUGGUACCCGGGCUGUUGGCACCCUGCAGGAGGCACCUACUGGCCUGGCAGGAUCUGCAGCACUGGGCACAUUUCAAGGCACUGUGGCGUGUGCACUGGGCUCCACAUUGGAACUGCUGGACAUGGGCAGCGGGCAGCUGCUGGAGAGGAAGAUCCUAAGUACAGACCGAGUAUAUUUGCUGGAACCCCCAGCCCCUGGCAUGGAGGAUGAGGAAGAGCUGGAGACCCGAGGUGGUCUUCGUUUGCUUUCAGCCUUGGGUCUCUUUCGAGUAAGGGAAGCCCCACAGGGGCUUGAGCUGCCUUCGGCUGAAGGUCUGGUGUUUGAGGAAGCCUGUGAGUACUACCAGCGGCGGAGCCUGCGGGGUGCCCAGCUCACCCCAGAGGAGCUGAGACACAGUAGCACAUUCCGGGCACCUCAGGCCCUGGCCUCCAUCCUCCAGGGCCACGUGUCCCCAUCUACACUGUUGACCACACUGAGGGCUGAGCUUCGGGAUUACCGGGGCUUGGAGCAGCUCAAAGCCCAGCUGGUGGCUGGGGAUGAGGAGGAGGCUGGCUGGACUGAGCUAGCAGAGCACGAAGUGGCACGGCUGCUGAAGACUGAGCUGGUGGGAGACCAGUUGGCCCAACUCAACACCAUUUUCCAAGCCCUCCCUACAGCGGCCUGGGGUGCCAUCCUUAGGGCCCUGCAGCUCCAGCCAGAUGAGAAUGGCAGGCUGAGGUCCCAAGCUCCCCCUGAUGUGUGGAAGAAAGUACUAGGGGGUACAGCAGCUGGGAAGGAACCACCCAAUGGGAUACUACCCCUGUUUGAACUCCUGUGCCAAUGCCUGUGCCGGCUGGAGCCGCAGUGGCUCCCACCUUUUGUGGAACUGGCACAGCAGCAGGGCGGGCCUGGCUGGGGGGCAGGAGGCCCAGGGCUGCCCCUCUACCGCCGAGCCCUGGCAGUGCUAGGUGAGGAGGGGACUCGGCCAGAGGCACUGGAGCUAGACCUGCUCUUGGGCAGUGGGCGGCCCAAAGCUGUGCUCCAAGCUGUGGGGCAGCUAGUGCAAAAGGAACAGUGGGAGCGGGCUCUAGAGGCUGGUCUGGCCCUCAGCCCCUCCAGCCCCCUGCUUCGAAGUGAGAUCUUCAAACUGCUGUUGGCCGAGUUUGCCCGGCACCGCCGGCUUGAUGCUCACCUCCCCCUUCUUUGCCGCCUGUGCCCACCAGACCUAGCUCCAGCCGAGCUCCUGCUGCUCUUGCGGACACACCUCUCAGAUGAGGCGGAACCCCCCACCCCAUUCCCUGAGCCUGGGGCAGAGACCCCUCUCACUGUGGGCUUGCUCAGGGCCCUCCUGGAACAGACUGGGACUCACGGACGGCCUUCUGGCCCAGUUCUAAGCCUAUAUGAGGACAUUUUAUGGGACCCAGGCACUCCACCCCCCACCCCACCUCGGGGACCUAUGUCAGCUCUCCAGGCAUCAGACCACCCGGGCCUGGAGGUCUGGGCGUCAUCUGGGCAGGGCCUCUGUGUGACUGACACAAGCUAAAAAUAGCUUCUAGGACAUAGUGAUCAGAGAAAGGUGCCUCAUAGCUGGAGGGGGCCAGGGUG